CAUGAAUUCGAAAGAGUAAGAGUAGCGGUCAUAAAGAAAUGGAGUCGCAGAAGGGUAAGCUCACCCGGACGCAGUCCUCCCUUCUCCGCUCACCCACGGCCCGAUCCGCGGUCCACAGCCUCACCUCCGCCGCUGCGGCCGAUGAGGAGGACGAGAAGCCCCGCCGUCCUGUUCGCCACAACCCCCACCGCCACUACCGCGACCUCCUCCUUCUCUCCCUCCCAUUCGCGUUCAUCUUCUUCCUCUUCCUCUACCUCCGGGACGAUUCCCCACGCUUCGCCAACCUCGUCCUCAUCUUCGCCCUCGUCGCCACCGUGACGUACGCUGCCCGCCGAUGCUCCGGUAGUGGCAGGGCUGCCGCCCGUCGAGCUUCCUCCGUCGACUGGUUCAUCGGCGACGAUGACAAUCGGAAGGAAAGGAAGGCCGGCGGGAGGAUCGUCCGCGAGGGGGUUGUGUUCUACAGCAAUGGGGAUUACUACGAGGGUGAGUUCCACAAGGGACGGUGCAACGGAAGCGGCGUCUACAACUUCUUCGCCAAGGGGCGGUACGAGGGCGACUGGAUCGACGGGAAGUACGACGGGUGCGGGAUCGAGAGCUGGGCGCGGGGCAGCCGGUACCGGGGGCAGUACAGGCGGGGGUUGCGGCAUGGCUUCGGGGUGUACAAGUUCUACAGCGGCGACAGCUACGCCGGGGAGUGGAUCGGUGGGCAGAGUCACGGGGUCGGGGUGCAGACGUGCUCCGACGGGAGUUCCUACAUCGGUGAGUUCAAGUGCGGCGUCAAGCACGGCCUUGGCUACUACCAGUUCAGGAACGGUGAUAAGUAUGCUGGCGAGUACUUCGGUGACAUUAUCCACGGGUUUGGUGUCUAUCAUUUUGCUAACGGUCACUGUUAUGAAGGAUCAUGGCACGAAGGCAAGAAGCAAGGUUUUGGAAUGUACACAUUUCGCAAUGGAGAAGCAAGAUGCGGAGACUGGGCUUCUGGGGUUCUGAAGACUCCACUUCCCCCUUCGGAUCCUGCUGUCCAGCAUGCAGUUCAGGCUGCUCGGAAGGCAGCAGAUGAUUCUGUUCUGGUUCCGAGGGUGGAUGCACAAGUGAAUAAAGCAGUCACCAAUGCAAAUAGAGCAGCCACAGCUGCUCGUGUAGCUGCAAUCAAAGCUGUACAGAAUCAGAUCCAUGGCAAGUUUUGCAACAUUGAUGUUUAAAUCCAGCAGUUGGUUCAAUUGUACAUUUAUCUACUAAAUCUAACCGAUCCCAGAGUUUGCGACCGGGAAGACAAAUACUUUACCGAAGUCAGAGAGUAGGAGAGUCGCUGACAAUUUUUGAUCCGAGUUUCCAAAUGCAAAUCGUGGUGUCCCCUCUAAUGUGUGUAUAUGAAUCCGCUUGUACCUUAUCAGCGAAUGAGUUUAAAAACGACUUGUACGUUCUUAUUGUUUUUAUACUACACAAGAAAAAUGGAAUCGAGCAGCGGAAAUGUUGAUAGGA